CAGAUGUUGGAAGCAAGAGACAAGCUUUGACUCCUUCAUAGUCCAUGAGGUCUGCAGCUAGUUGGCCAAUUUGUUUAGUAUUGGACUAGAGUUGGUGGACAUUGUGAAAGCUUAAAUACACUAUAAUGUCAUUUUCCAAUGCUCCAAAUCAUGUAGAGGUUCAGGGAAGCGGAUUUAACAAGGAACAACAGUGGCAGCUAACUGGCUGUGCCAGGCAAUUGACAUCCCAGGAAGUCCAAGGUAUCGUACAAGCACUGCAAGACACGUUUGUGCUACAAAUAAACAUCCUUUCUAACCAAAUUUCAUUUGCCUCUCCGCUUGCUCACCAUGGCCAAACUUGGUUCCCUGUUCUUCCUCACCUUGUUUCUGCAACACCACCAUACCAGCGCUUCUUUGAUUGAUAGGCGAAGUAUAGCAUCAACUGCAGAAUGGCAACCCAUGUACUGCAAUGCUGUGGCCAUCAACCCUUCAUGCAACUCAUUCCUCUAUGUCACUCCUGAAGGACGUAACUUGUCAGAGAUAGUCUCUGUCUUCAGUGGGAAUUCAUCUCUCACUCGGCCGAUCAAGCGACACUCUGGUUCAGAGGACCUGUUGGUGGGUGUAUCAUGCAUGUGUGAGGCUAUCAACGACACCCUGACUGCUUUUUUUCAUGACACUCAAUACAAAGUGGAGCAGGGUAAUACACCCGACACUAUCAAGAUCAACAAUUUUAGUGGGGUUGCAAUGGAUAUUGGUGACGACAAGGUACUGAAUACAAAUGAGACGAUUACGGUUCACCUUCCAUGUGGGUGUUCCUCAACAGCAUCAGAUGGAGUCUUGUCCUAUGCAGUGCAGGAGGAAGAUACCCUGAGCACUAUUGCAAGCUUGUUCAGAUCAAGUUCACAAGAUAUCUUAAACUUGAAUCCAAGUGUAACGAAUCCUGAUUUCAUCAAACCAGGGUGGAUCUUGUUUAUCCCGAUGGGAGUUACUGGUUCUUCUAAGAAAAAGAUUGGUAGUUUGUCAAUCAUCAUAGCAGCAUCCAUAUCAGCUGCAAUACUGCUCCUCUGUGUGUUCACUGUCAUCCUUCGCAUCAAAAGGAGGUCUUCUCAGCUCAAUGUUGAAGUACCGGAGAUUAAAAUGGAGAGAGCUCCCAGCAACACAAGCAUUGCUGCUCUGGAGAGCCGUUUCUUUCCUUCCAUGAGAAUAACAGAUAUUGAUCCAUUCCAAACAGAGAGGCCUGUGAUUUUCAGCUUGAAAGUAGUUGGAGAUGCUACUGCAAAUUUCGAUGACAAAAGAAAGAUUGGUGAGGGAGGAUAUGGGAGUGUUUACCUUGGUUUCAUAGGAGCACAUGAAAUUGCAGUUAAGAAGAUGAAAGCAAGCAAAUCAAAGGAGUUCUUUGCAGAGCUAAAAGUUCUGUGCAAAGUGCAUCAUAUAAACGUGGUUGAGUUGAUUGGUUAUGCUGCUGGGGAUGACCACCUGUACCUUGUGUACGAAUAUGUCCAGAAUGGUUCACUCAAUGAUCAUCUACACGAUCCAUUGCUGAAAGGUCACCAGCCUCUUUCGUGGACUGCAAGAACACAGAUAGCAUUGGAUGCAGCACGAGGUAUUGAGUAUAUCCAUGACCAUACAAAGGCCUGCUAUGUGCAUCGUGACAUCAAAACUAGUAACAUUCUGCUCGAUAAUGGAUUAAGAGCUAAAGUUGCAGAUUUCGGGCUAGUGAAGCUCGUUCAGCGCAGCGAUGAAGAAGAAUGUGUGGCGACUCGUUUAGUUGGAACACCAGGCUACCUUCCGCCUGAAUCAGUUCUUGAACUUCACAUGACUACCAAGUCUGACGUAUACGCAUUUGGAGUAGUUAUUGCAGAGCUCAUCACUGGACUCCGUGCCCUUAUACGGGAUAAUAAAGAAAACAAUAAGAUGAAGUCACUAAUCUCCAUUAUGAGGAAAGCCUUCAAAUCAGAAGAUCUAGAGAGUUCAUUGGAGACAAUUAUAGAUCCCAACUUGAAGGAUAACUACCCCAUUGAAGAAGUGUGCAAGAUGGCAAACAUUUCGAUGUGGUGCCUAAGCGAGGAUCCGAUGAACCGGCCUGAAAUGAGGGACAUUAUGCCAACUCUUUCUCAAAUCCAUCUGACCUCAAUCGAGUGGGAAGCGUCACUUGGAGGUGAUGGUGAAGUAUUUAGUGGUGUUUCCAAUGGUAGAUGAUCAUACGCCAUGCUUUCACGUUGGGGAAGAAGAAUGCACUCCUUAUAAUUUUAUUUGAAGGAGAAUGGUUCUUGCACUGCCGUGUGUGUGAAUUUAUUCCAUUCUUUGUGAACUUUUUUGAAAUUUUGGUCUAAAAGAACUUUAUGAAAUGUUCACAUUUCGUAUGAGGUUCUUCUUGCAAGGUUGUUCUUAAGGACAUUCAUAUCCAUAGUACUCGCACAACUGUACGUGUAUACAUAAAUGUUAUUAUUUUGGGAUUUAGGUAUAACAAUCUCUCGGCAAGCUAAA